AUGGCCGCCCCCGCAGGGACGGCAAGCCACCGCGUCGUGCUCCGCGUCGGCGAGAAGCAAUUCUUCACGACCAAGACGACGCUCGCGCCGGCGCGCUUCUUCGCGACGCUGUGGGCCCUCGCCGAGCCCGAGGACGGCGGCGAAUACUUUGUCGACGGCGACGCGGAGCUCUUUGAGCACGUGCUGCGCUUCCUGCGCACGCGCCGCUUCCCGCUCUUCUACAGCCGGCAGGACGGGUUCGACCAGGCGCUGUACCUCACGCUGCUCAAGCAGGCGCGCUUCUACCAGGUCGAGGCGCUGGCGGCGUGGAUCGCGGAGAAGCGCUACCUCGACGCCGUGUGGACCAGCUCGCGCACCGUCAGCGACACCAUCUACGGCGAGAGGCAGUUCCUGCACAUGCAGGAGAAGCUCUGGACGAGCGGCGAGGUGUCGCACGCGCUGUCCAUCAAGGAGACGGGCUCGUCGUCCAAGCAGUGGAAGUGUCCCAGCAAUGUGUGGAAGCAUGACGGCAAUAGGUUGGCGUGUCACCGCGCGCGAUGUCCCGGUCUGAACGGAGACUCGCUGGUCUAUAUGCGCACGUGGAAGGUCGAGGUCCAGCUCACCGCGGUUGAGAUUCGCGAUAGCGUCUUGGACGCCGGGCCAGACCCCGAUGGCCCGCCGCCGUACGACUUCACCGACUAA